AUGUGUUCAGAACUGGACUCAGAACUGAAAGCGCACUUGGUGCGUAUAGAAGUGCAGGAAACAGAAUCCCAACAUGUAUCGUCCGAUGAAUUCCGAAGAGAAAUUGCAGUGCUAGCCGAAGCUGAAGAUAGGAGUAAGGAGGAAGGGGAAGGGACUAAAAGCAUGAAGAAGAAGGAAGAAGAUUACGAGGAGGAGGAUGAAGAAGAAGCAGAUGAGGAAGAAGAAGAAGAAGAAGAAGAAGAAGAAGAAGAAGAAGAAGAAGAAGAAGAAGAAGAGGAAGAAGAAGAAGAGGAAGAAGAAGAGGAAGAGGAAGAGGAAGAGGAAGAGGAAGAGGAAGAGGAAGAGGAAGAGGAAGAGGAGGAUGACGAAGGAUCUCAAAGUAGUGGUAGCAACAGAAACAAAAGUUCUCGUGCUGAGGGUGAGUUGGGCUUCAAGAAGUUCAGACGGAAACACAAGAAUUCAAAGAGCGGAUGUGCCAACUGCAAGCAACGAAAGAUUAAAUGCGAUGAAAAGCUUCCAAUCUGCACGUUCUGCAAGAAGCGAAACAUCCAGUGUUCCUAUCUGACAAUGACCCCGUUUCAGAUUCACAAAAUCGUAUGCUCUCAAACUUCAAACAAGAAAACCCAUCUCAUAGCAGAAGACAGCACCGAUAGCAUAGAUGGAGACGAUAGUGCAUUUUUUGAGGAAGGCGAUGUAUUGCGGCAACCCACACCUUCAUCCCUGUCGGAGGAUAGCAGAGAGCCGACGCCGGACCCACCGCCGGUCGGAUUCCAGUACCAGCCCAUCAGAGAGAUAAGCUUGGGGAACGAUGGGUCUCCGAUCAACAGUGCGGUAUAUCACGCGUACAAGAUCGAAGGAGUGAUGUUACCGACUUCGAUGGGGAGUCAGUUAAUAUACGACACGUUUGAGACCAACCAGUACGUGCCAUUGCGGACGAAGUACCAGCAGGCGAAGCAUGAGCUGGUAGCUGGUGGCGGAGGAAGCAGUGGCGAUGUGACAAAGCCAAAGCCGCUAUAUUCAAACUUCCGAAUAUCGAAGCGGAUUUUCCCAUUGAGGUCACCUGCUGUGGUGGACGCGUUGGAGGAGUAUGCGGAGCAAUCAUUGGCAGUGAACAAGCUUUUGCACAAGCAAGAUUUUGAAGGGAUUCGACGGCUCUUGAAGGGCAAGAGCAUUGACAGCUACCUCCAAACAGACACGAUCUGGAUUCUGUCUGUGGUGCAAAUCUUCAAGAGAUUGUUGAGGAAGUCAAUGAUUUUACUUGCGAUGGACUACUACAAGAACGUUCUUUUGAAACAAAGCCUUCUCCCCGCAGUGAACUACAAGGUGAAGCUGUCGAUCUCGUGCAAGUGCGAGAACGAGUCUGUGGUGUUUAUCGACGACAUCACGAACAUCAUCAAGUGCGAGUACAUUCCGUUUUUCCGGGACUUUUCGUUGGCUGGGGUGAACCUCUUUGCCGGGUGUUUCUGGGUGUUGAACGAGUGCCUGGUGUACCACUUCAAGAACGGACUCAAGUACGACCUGAACUACGAGGAAGGGAACAACGCAAUCAAGCUUCUUGGGAUUUUCUCGACAGGGUUCUACAGCAUCGUGAUGGAGAGGACCCGGGUGGACCUCACGAUCACAGGCUCGAACAUCAUCUCGUCGCACUUGACGUCGCAUUUCAAGAAGAUGCUCAUCCGCAACAACAGCGUGGAUGUGUUUGAGGAGAUGAAGAAGGCGCUCGACAAGCUUGGGAACACGUUCAUCAACAACGUCGACUACGAGAACCUCCGGCUUUUCUACGAGGAGCACGCCCGCCUGCUGCGGGCAAACGUGCACGAACACUCGCUGCUAGGGUUCAACAACGGGUACAUUGUGCGCCUGCUCAACUCGUACGCCUCGAUUUUGCCGGCGCACUUCUCCAACCUAAACCCGUCCUUCGACGAGCACCUGCGUGGCCAGGAGCAGACCGUCCUCACCUACCUCUUCUACUACGCCACGGCGCAUGUGCUCAACGCGACCCUGCCCUGCAUCCAGGCCAUCGCCGUCAACAGCUUCGUCGGCACGUCCUGGGAGCUUUUCGAGUUCGACGACCCCGCCAACCUCAUCCGCGUGUUCCGCCUCGUGCAGAGCCCGGACCUCCAGCUCGUCGCCAUCUACUUGAUCCGCACCGCCUGCUUCUUCCGCUGCCGCAACUCCUACUACCAGAACCACCUCGGCCCGCUGCGCAUCGGCCCGCUUCUCGACGACGACGGCCCGCUCUCGCUCCAUGACAAAUACACCAAGCUGCUGGCCAUGAAGGAAGCCGGCGUCAUGGACGAGCUGCCCGUCAAGUCUUUUGCGCUCCAGAAGGGCCAGUUCUUCAAGCGCUGGAACUACCCGAACACCAGCCGCCUCAAGCCCAAGCGGGGGAGCAAGGUUUCGCUCAACAAGAUCGCCAACCGUCUUCCUACCGACGCCGAUCUUGUUGCCGACUUCCUCACGGCAAACAACGGCUUCUUUACACACGAUUACGACCCUGCUUCGGACCUCGCCGGUGGCCACACCCUGGCCCAGGGCGCCACCUUCAUCGACGGCUUUGAGAUGAAGACCCUGUGGAAGCUCGAGGUGUAUAUCCGCAUCAACAAUCUCUGA